GUUCAAAUAUCAGGAUAAAAAUAAUCGUAGUGACAUGCUGCUCGGUGUGCUGAUAUUAUGUGUCUUUAGCUUCGUCAUGCCUGAAGACAAACUGGUUUCAGUUGACUUUGAGAUUUUUGGGAAUGUGCAGGGUGUUUGCUUCAGGAUGUACACUGAGGAUCAGGGUCGCAGUUUGGGACUCAGUGGUUGGGUGAAGAACACCAGACAGGGGACAGUGAUUGGCCAGAUCCAGGGACCGGCUGAUAGAAUCAACGACAUGAAACUUUGGCUGCAGAACGUUGGUAGUCCAAGCUCUCGAAUUGACCGAGCCGUUUUCUCCAAUGAAAGAGACAUUUCUAAACCAGAGAUCACGGGGUUUUCUACUCGCUACUGAGCAUGCUCUGAUUGCUCUAUAGUUACAAGAUCAUCAGCCUGCAGCUCAUCAACGGUGUCAAAUGGUUAAUUAAUGA